UUGGUUUUCCACUUAGAGGCUGUUGCAGUCAAAAACCCAUCUCUUAUUUAGUUUCACACACAGUGUUGUUUGUCGGGUAGAAAAUCUCUCUCUCUCCCUCUUUCACACUGUGUUUUAUGUCACUUUCCAUGUUUUUUACAAUCUAAGCAAGAAAUUGAAGCAAAACCCACUUGAAGAACAAGCAUAGUAAGAGUAAAACUUGUAAAAAGAAGAAAAACCCAAGAAAGGGAUUGUUAAAAGAAAGCAAGCAAGAAAGAGAGAGAAGAGAGAAAAGAGGAAAGAAAAAAGAAAAAAAAGAAGAAAAGAACAUAAGCUGAAAAGCCAGAUAGGUAGAGAGAAGAGAAGUAAGAGAUAAUAAAGAAGAGAGGGAAGGGAAUUAAGGGUGAUGGUGGGUUUGGUUUUGUUGUUUCAAUAAAAAGCUAAAAAACAAGGUUAAAGAGAGAGAGAGAGAGAGAAUUUUCCUUUAGCAAAUGUCACAAGAGUCUGAAGAGAUAAAGACGAUUGAGCAGUGGAAAUGGUCCGAAAUGCAAGGCCUUGAACUCGUGUCUUCUGCUCCUUCUAAUCCUUCUUCUUCUGACCCUUUUAAAACCAACUCAACAUCUAACUCGCACUACUCUAUAUCACAACAACAACAAGAACAAAACCAUCAAGACACUGUACCUGAAACAAAAGAUAUGGAUAACAAUAAGAAAGAUAGCAAUGGUAGUGGAGAGAAGCAAGGGGAUGUUGCCACAGUUGGUUUCUGUGAGCUAUUUAGAUUUGCUGAUAGUUUGGAUUAUGUUUUGAUGGCAAUUGGGUCUAUUGGUGCAUUAGUACACGGCUCUUCUUUGCCACUUUUUCUUCGGUUCUUUGCCGAUCUUGUUAACUCUUUUGGUUCUAAUGCGAAUGACAUGGAUAAGAUGAUGCAAGAAGUUUUGAAGUAUGCAUUUUACUUUCUCAUUGUUGGUGCUGCAAUUUGGGCAUCUUCCUGGGCAGAGAUAUCGUGUUGGAUGUGGACUGGAGAGAGGCAAUCAACAAAGAUGAGGAUCAAGUACUUAGAAGCAGCUCUAAACCAAGACAUUCAGUACUUCGACACUGAGGUUCGGACCUCCGACGUCGUUUUCGCUAUUAACAGUGACGCUGUAAUGGUCCAAGAUGCCAUUAGUGAGAAGUUGGGCAAUUUUCUUCACUAUAUGGCAACUUUUGUGUCUGGAUUUGUAGUGGGUUUCACUGCCGUAUGGCAAUUAGCACUAGUCACUCUAGCAGUUGUUCCUCUCAUUGCUGUGAUUGCAGCCAUCCACACCAACACAUUAGCCAAACUAUCUGGCAAGAGCCAAGAAGCUUUAUCACAAGCUGGAAACAUUGUGGAACAGACGAUAGUUCAAAUUCGCGUUGUUAUGGCGUUUGUUGGGGAAUCAAGAGCAUUACAAGGGUAUUCAUCAGCGUUGAGAGUAGCUCAAAGGAUCGGUUACAAGAGUGGGUUUGCUAAAGGAAUGGGAUUAGGUGCAACUUAUUUUGUUGUUUUCUGUUGCUAUGCUCUGCUUCUCUGGUAUGGAGGUUUCCUUGUUCGGCAUCAUUAUACCAAUGGUGGAUUAGCCAUAGCUACCAUGUUUGCCGUCAUGAUUGGAGGGUUGGCUUUAGGCCAAUCUGCUCCUAGCAUGGGUGCAUUUGCCAAAGCAAAAGCUGCGGCUGCGAAAAUUUUCCGUAUUAUUGAUCAUAAACCAGCUGUGGAUCGAAACAGUGAAUCCGGGUUAAAGUUAGAUUCAGUUACUGGACUAGUUGAACUAAAGAAUGUUGAUUUCUCCUACCCAUCAAGGCCAGAUGUUAAGAUUCUCAACAAUUUUACCCUCAAUGUCCCAGCCGGAAAGACUAUAGCUUUGGUUGGCAGCAGUGGCUCUGGUAAAAGUACUGUGGUAUCCCUCAUUGAAAGAUUCUAUGAUCCCAACUCAGGGCAAGUUUUGCUAGAUGGGCAUGAUAUAAAGACACUCGAUUUAAGAUGGUUGAGACAACAAAUAGGGCUUGUUAGCCAAGAACCUGCUCUGUUUGCCACUACCAUUAAAGAAAAUAUAUUGUUGGGUAGGCCUGAUGCUGAUCAAAUCGAGAUUGAAGAAGCUGCCAGAGUUGCCAAUGCUCAUUCAUUUAUUGCAAAGCUACCUGAAGGCUUUGACACUCAGGUAGGUGAGAGAGGGCUGCAGUUGUCGGGAGGACAGAAGCAAAGAAUUGCAAUUGCAAGGGCAAUGCUGAAAAAUCCAGCAAUUUUGCUGUUAGAUGAGGCAACAAGUGCACUGGACUCUGAGUCAGAAAAACUGGUGCAGGAGGCCCUUGACCGAUUCAUGAUUGGGAGAACGACUCUUGUCAUUGCCCACCGGCUGUCCACGAUCCGCAAAGCUGAUCUUGUAGCUGUACUUCAACAGGGUAGUGUCACUGAAAUUGGAACCCAUGAUGAGCUCAUUGCUAAAGGAGACAAUGGUGUUUAUGCCAAGCUCAUAAGAAUGCAGGAGACGGCUCAUGAAACAGCUAUGAACAAUGCCAGAAAAAGCAGUGCAAGACCCUCAAGUGCCAGGAACUCAGUAAGCUCUCCAAUAAUUGCACGUAAUUCUUCUUAUGGUCGCUCACCAUACUCGCGCCGGUUAUCCGACUUCUCUACCUCAGAUUUCAGUCUGUCCCUUGAUGCCACACACCCCAAUUACCGGCUUGAAAAGCUUCCAUUCAAAGAGCAAGCUAGUUCCUUUUGGCGCCUCGCAAAGAUGAACUCUCCUGAAUGGGUUUAUGCAUUGGUUGGUUCUAUAGGCUCGGUCGUGUGUGGCUCCCUUAGUGCCUUCUUUGCCUAUGUACUAAGUGCUGUCCUCAGCGUCUACUACAAUCCAAAUCAUGCUUACAUGAGCAGAGAAAUUGCAAAGUACUGCUAUUUGUUAAUUGGGCUCUCAUCAGCUGCUCUAAUCUUCAACACACUACAACAUUCCUUCUGGGACAUUGUUGGAGAAAACCUUACAAAACGAGUGAGGGAAAAAAUGCUAGCAGCAGUGCUCAAAAAUGAAAUGGCAUGGUUUGAUCAGGAGGAAAAUGAGAGUGCUAGAAUUGCAGGAAGAUUAGCUCUUGAUGCAAACAAUGUGAGAUCAGCAAUUGGAGACAGGAUUUCAGUGAUUGUACAGAAUACAGCACUGAUGCUAGUUGCUUGCACAGCAGGGUUCGUUUUGCAAUGGCGCCUUGCCCUUGUCCUUAUAGCCGUCUUCCCCUUGGUUGUUGCAGCCACUGUUCUACAGAAAAUGUUCAUGACUGGUUUCUCUGGGGACCUAGAAUCUGCACAUGCCAAAGCCACACAACUUGCAGGCGAGGCCAUAGCCAAUGUAAGGACAGUUGCUGCCUUCAAUUCAGAGUCUCAAAUAGUUGGUCUAUUCGCCACCAACCUCCAGGCUCCUUUACGGCGUUGCUUUUGGAAAGGUCAGAUUGCAGGAAGUGGAUUUGGAAUUGCUCAGUUUUCACUCUAUGCUUCCUAUGCUCUUGGUCUUUGGUAUGCAUCUUGGCUUGUGAAGCAUGAAAUCUCUGAUUUCUCGAAGACAAUCCGAGUUUUCAUGGUCCUUAUGGUUUCAGCCAAUGGUGCAGCAGAAACAUUAACAUUGGCUCCUGAUUUUAUCAAGGGUGGUCGAGCCAUGCGCUCAGUCUUCGACUUGCUUGACCGUAAAACUGAAAUUGAACCUGAUGAUGCGGAUGCAACUGCAGUUCCUGACCGUCUUCGUGGAGAAGUUGAACUAAAGCAUGUAGACUUUUCUUACCCCACUCGCCCUGAUGUCCCUAUUUUCCGUGAUCUAAAUCUCCGUGCACGAGCUGGAAAAACUCUUGCUCUUGUAGGUCCAAGUGGAUGUGGUAAGAGUUCAGUGAUUGCACUUGUACAGAGAUUCUAUGAGCCAUCAUCUGGAAGGGUUAUGAUUGACGGGAAGGACAUCAGGAAAUACAAUCUCAAGUCCCUGAGAAAGCAUAUUGCUAUUGUCCCUCAGGAGCCAUGUCUCUUCGCUACUACCAUAUACGAAAACAUUGCCUACGGGCAUGAGUCCGCAACUGAGGCGGAAAUCAUUGAAGCUGCUACUUUAGCCAAUGCGCAUAAAUUCAUUUCAGGAUUGCCAGAUGGAUAUAAGACAUUUGUAGGGGAGAGGGGAGUUCAAUUAUCAGGUGGACAGAAACAAAGAAUUGCCAUAGCUCGGGCUCUAGUUAGAAAGGCAGAACUGAUGCUACUUGAUGAGGCAACAAGUGCACUAGAUGCCGAGUCGGAGAGGUCUGUCCAAGAGGCUCUAGACCGUGCUUGCUCAGGAAAGACAACAAUUGUGGUUGCACACAGACUAUCAACUAUAAGAAACGCCCAUGUCAUCGCCGUCAUCGACGACGGGAAAGUAGCAGAGCAAGGAUCACACACACAUCUACUGAAAAAUUAUCCUGACGGGUGCUAUGCCCGGAUGAUACAGUUGCAGAGGUUCACACAUAGCCAAGUCAUUGGAAUGACUUCAGGUUCGAGUUCGUCAGCUAGACCGAGAGAAGAUGAAGAGAGGGAAGCCUAAUCAGAUCACCAGUAAGAGAGGAGGAGUAUAUCCCACAUACCCCCUUGUGAUUUUUGAGUUUUUGUUUCAGUUUUAAUGCCAUGGUAUAGCAUAGUAUGUGUAUCAUCUAAUUAUUAUUAUUUCUUUCUUUCUUUCUUUCUACCAUAUAUUAUCUAAUCCUCUAUGAAUCUUUCUAAGGAAAUGAUACUGAAAAAUUACUUCCACGAGAUCGAAA